CUUUACGUAACCUAACUGUAACACAAACUACGCUAUGACCAGAUACCACACAGCACGGCCAUGUUAGACUUGCAGUAGUCUCUGGCGUGAAUAGUUUUUAAAUUGUCGCGUAGAAUACUUCGGAAUUUUGACAAGUAUAACUUCUAGUGCACAUUGAUUUGCAUUUCAUCACUUCACCAUGUCGACCCUGCAGCGGCGCUCCACUUCCGGGAGAAGUAGCGGAAACAAAACUAACAACACCAACAAGAACCUCCCGCCCACCAACAGCGGUUACAACUACUUCCCCGAGGAGCAGUUCGCGAGCGAAAACCAAAUUCAAGUGGACGACGACGAAGAAAUACAACCCGGCGAUGAAGAUGCCGCCCUCGCCUACAACAUCGACGACCUGGCGAGUGACGAGGAAAAACUGCUUUCCUCGAUCAUGACCUACGAAAAACAAAAGCAGUUUGAGAAGGAGAAGGAUGAGCAGCUGUUGAGGGAACUGGAGAACAUCUUCCCACCGCACGAGAUCAAGUACUCGUGGCAGUACUUCAUUUACAACAUAAAAAUCCGGUGGUGGUGGUGGCCGAUCAUGAUCCUUUUCUUCCUCCUUGGGCUCUACAUUCAGUACGGGACGUACGGUGGGGGCAAGUCCGUUUUGUACGAGUACCAAUUUUGGAUUUGGUCCGACUGUAUCAUGGGCAAGGGGUGGCUCAUGUACCCCUUUGGAUUCCUAAUCCUCUUGGUCGUCGAACGACCCAUUCGGGGGUACAGCGACUACGACCUGGCCAGGCGGGGCUACGACAUCUUUUCCGUGUAUGGAUGUGUCAGGAUCGAAAUCGACAAAAUCGAAAAAUUUGUGAUGCAUAAAAUGUAGGGCACUGAAGGCCUGUACUGGGGAGCAGGCAAAUGAGACCGAUUGCAAGUCUGUUUAGGGGUAUGCAAUGUGCUGCCAGAGUAGCACGACAGGAGGAGUCUUCUUUGCCCAAACAGCAUGGCAGACUGGAUUUGGGUGCUCCCGAAAUUUGUCAUGCGCCACUUGGGAACUCAGGCGCCAACUGACAUCGAUUUUGUGCAUCACAAAUUUUUCGAUUUUGUCAAUUUCGGUUCUGACACUUCCAUACCGUGGCGGGCUACGCGGAACUGCAGGAAUACCGGGUCCGGUCUAUCAAAAGGAAAAAUCCCCUCUCCCCAUAUUGAAAACGUAUGUUGCCGAAAAUUUGUGUUGCUGAUUUGAGGUCGCAAAUCGUCUCUGUGUUGCAUGAAGGCAACGCCACAAGCCCCGCCGCAUUCUACAGGCGGUUUGUCAUGCUGUUUUAGCUACAGCGCAGACGUCUGUCAUGCUAAGCGCCUAGGCCGAAACCUGUCGACUCAGGCUUAGUAUGGGCCUGCAGUCCUCACCAGCAAGACAAAUCUGAUCUGUGUACGCACAUCCAGCAUCAGAAACGUCGUUUUGAUAUGGGGAGGGGGGAUUUUUCAUUCUGAUACGGUCCGGAGUGUGCGGCUGCUGUAGCUGCCGCCCGGUGGGGUCUUUGAGUACCGGACCAAAAUGGAUGAGCAACGCGAACCGCACGGUCGUGAACCCAGCUAUCGAAGUCGACAGCUUCGGCAGUGGAGGUCUCGAUGAUUACAACAACGAGGAUCCGGAUGAGCUGCAGGGACUGAUGAUCGGCAGCAAGCGGUUCUCCAGUACCAACCGUUAUUCUGGCGCACAUCCGAAAGAAAACACGGCGUAUCACACGGGUGAAGGGGCCACGAAUGCAAUCCGGCGAUUGGAAACGCUUCGGACAAAGGAGUUCAUCGUGCCAGAUUCCGCGAUGUUCCCGAACAGUCGGAAUGUUAAUCCGGGAACAUCAAGCCACUACACAGAACCAAAGAGCGCGCUGAGUAAAGGAACUACGGCGAAAACAACUACAAGUGGCAAUGGUAAAAACCUAGGGCUGUUUGGGAGCGCGAUGAGCACCUCCAGUGGCUCCUCCAGACAAAACUGUUGCUGUCCGUCAAAGAUGUGUCCGAACAAAAAACGGUGCUGCUUAGAUGAGUGUUUCUGCCCGGAUGAGGAUGGUGUUCCGCCGUGUCUGUGUUUCGGGGAAGCGAACAAGCAUGUGAACAAGCAGGACAUUCUCGCCCGAGACCGGUGCGGCUGCUGCAAGGUAUGUUGCUCGGUGUGCGGCGUUCGCGAUUUUUUGAUCUACUUACCGAAGAACAUUUUCUUCUGCUACGUGCUUAUCUUGGUCGUCGUUACCAUCCUGGGCCCGAUCAUCGGUUUACUCUGGGUGACGCGGAUGCCGGACCGGAGUAGCACUUUGCUGCAGCUUUUCGACGAAACCCCCAUCGGCCAAAAGUACCAGGAGCAAAACAUCGUGCUUGCGGACGGCCGGACCUUCCCCCGCGAGUAUUUCGAGGUGACCACGGUGCAAAAGCCGGGGACGGACGGGCGCUUCGAUGUGAUCCAGAAGGUCACCAUGAAGGAUUUCUCACAAGCCGGAGCUGCUGGUGCCGAGGACCCGACUGCUGUUCCCGAUAAAUACGAACCUUUGACCCUUCCGAACAACCAAACCGUGAUGGUGCCGCGGAAACUGCGGAGGGACGACGAACCCUGGGACACGACGGCGCACCCCAUGUACCACAAGUACACCAUCGACUAUCUGCGCUUUGUCCACCGGGUCAACAACUGGGUGCCGCGGAAGGUUUUCCUGUACUGGCAGGGCGGGUGGCCGACCAACGUCACCAUGGUCGGAAAUUUAACUCAACCCGCCUGGAUCAUCGAGGCGUGUGCGCAGAACUUUGAAAGAUUGAACCCGGACGGGUGGAAAAUCAACCGGGUGGACGGGAAAUGGAUGGAGGCGCAGAACUUCCCCUUGUACGAAACCGACACAACCGAAGACCCAAACAACCCGGGCCCCACGGUCGCGGACGAAGUGGCGGUGGAUUACUGGCCGCCGGAGAAUCCACAAUUUGUCGGCUUUAACAAACGGUCGGUCGCGUCCGCCCACCGCGCGGACCGGAUCCGGCUCGCUUUGGUGAAGAAAUACGGCGGGCUGUAUACCGACGCCACCCUCAUUCUCUCCGACCCGUUUGAGAAGCUGAUCGGCAACGUCGCGCCAGUGGACUUGGAUUCCGCUUUGGAAGACUAUUUUUUGAAGAAAGUCGCCAGCCACAACGAGCAAGUAGCAAAAAAAGACCCGGCGGCGCAACAGGGAUUUUCAGCAAAUUUGAUCGCGCAAACGACCAACAACAGGACGGAUUUUGACGACAACAAUUUUAGCGAGGAGUUGAUCGGAACUUCUCGAUCCGCCAUGCUGUACCAACCGGAUCAGAGCAUGCGGCUGUAUCUCCCCUAUACGGUUUUGCAAGACAACUGGUUUUUGGCCUCCCCGCCGGAAAAUCUGUACUUUUCCAUGUGGAACUCCGAGCUGUGGGUCGCGUGGCUGCAGUACAAGGGAGAACUCACCGAUCGGGAGCAGUUUGAGAAGUACAAGGCAAGGCUAGAGCAGUACAACUGUGACGCAAACUACUUCGGCGCGGCCGCGUACCAGUCGGGCGGCCGGCCGGAUGCGGAUUUGGAGAUGUAUCUGACCGCCUACAAGAGCUCCCAGUUUGUGUCGCAAAUGAACGGGGUGCGAAACAAUUACGACGACUACUUAUCCCACGAAAAAAGUGUUACAUACAAUUACACAUUUGUAGUGAAUUCAGCAACACAAAUUUUCUCUGUGUGGCAGAGAAAACUUGCAAUGCAGAUAUCCUAAGAGAAAACACGUACGUUAUGAAGUUCGCAAGCAUUUCUUGCAUGACAAAGGUUGCUUGUCUUGCUCCUCCUGCAACACAAUGUGUAUACUGUAACACUUUUUUCCUGCGAUGCUACUUCUUCCAGUUUUACUACAAGAAGGACCAGCGGAUAAUACGCACUGCAAAAGUCAUAUCGUACUAGUAAGUACAAAUCGCAUGACAAAUUUCCUCAGCAUGAGAAAUGGAAUUUGUAAUUCAGAUUUGAGAUCUUGAGAAGAAAAUCUGUGAUGGUACUACGAGUGCGAUACUUUUGCAGAUGAUAGAUAAAGCACCGCUACAACUGGGUCACUGUCAUCGACCCGGACUCAACCGGCCGCUACAUCCUCGUGGGCCGGGAGUUUUUCUUCAGUUUCAUGACGGGUUUGAUUGAGUUUUUCGGGCCCAUGUUCGUGCUGAUUCGGUGGCCGGACAUUUUGGGCUACGCGUACUUUGAAUACAGCUGGUACUAUUCCCGGUUGGUCCACCUGACCAAACUCACCCGCGGCCCCCGCGACUACGUUUUGCAAAACAUUGCCGAUAUCAAGACGGGGGGGUCGCUGUGGCAGGAUUUGGUCUUCCCCUUGUCCCAAGACAAAGGCUACCGCGCCUGGCUGAAGGAGGUGCGCGACCGGGGCUAUGUCAACCCGCCGCCCGGAGAUAGUGCAGCCCAGGCUGCUCCCGCUAAUACGCCUCCCGUUACAAACGUGGACGAUGUGUCGCAGGAGGAUAAGUACAAGAUGCGACUCAACUUCGUGGCGCACAUUCAAGAUUACAUUCUGCACAAUUCCCCGGCUCCGGAGUUGCACGAAAGCAGCUGCUGCGACGAUGAAGGCGAGGGCACGGAGAGCGGAAGGGUCUGCGGCAUGUUUCGAAAUUGCGUGUAGGAGGAUUUCACUUGAACUGCAACCGGGGGAGGUUUUUUCUUGAGAUGGUUUUUGGGUCUUACUUUUUUUUUCAUGCUGUGUCUGAUACUUACUACGGGCAAUACCGUUAUAAUUCUCAUUCGAUGUUGAACAAUAACAAUUGCGACAUUCUCACAAGAAGUGCGUUUUGUGCCACUCGAUUUUCUCCUUUUCCAGUAAGUAAACAGUUAGAUGACGUCAGAAGUUCAUCUGUACAGAAGUGGGAGGGAUGUGCACGGAGGGCACUUCUGAUACUACAGCCAGUCUGUAACAUAUUCACACAACAGUAUUUGAUCACAAUGAGCAGUGCUCCUGAAGACAUUUUUUAAUUUUACACAUGCUGAGUAUGUACCUACACCUAGCGACAUCUUUUAUUACUGAUAUGCACUUUCACGACAUUACAACAGUUUUGGACGACAUUGCACUUCGUUUUUGUUCAGUUGCACUGGAUGGACAUGUGCGCUAUCGCCUCGAUAGCUGCAACUACUUCUUUCUACAUCUGCUAUUUUCUACUUCUUCAGUCUAGUAACUGUCUGAAGUUAUUGUACUUGUUCCGCGAACUAUUUUUCUCUGUGCCCGACGGAAAAACGUCGCCACAAGAAUGUGGCGGCCUCACUGGGCAAAUUUUGCAAAGCGACGUGAAGCAGUUUCCGAAUGUGACGGGAGGUUUCUUUUGAAAAUCAAUCUUGACGCGUGGCUUAUCUCGAUUGUCAUUGUAGAAAAUCAUGCGACGAU